AUGGGUCCUGAAAAACCAAGUGGGCGUGUCAACGACUUGGGCAAAAUUGUCCUCACCCAGAUAAAAGGACCAACUCUCCGUGAUGAAGGUUAUCCUGAUGAAGGUUAUGAAGGAUAUCCUGAUGAAGGUUAUGAAGGUUAUCCUGAUGAAGGUUAUGGAGGUUAUCCUGAUGAAGGUUAUGAAGGUUAUCCUGAUGAAGGUUAUGAAGGUUAUCCUUAUGAAGGUUAUCCUGAUGAAGGUUAUGAAGGUUAUCCUGAUGAAGGUUAUCCUAGCCAUGAGUCGUAA